AUGACACCUCCAAGCGCUACCGUUCCCACAGAGACACAAUUACCAGCAGGAGUGCCAGCGACCGCGUCUGUGCCUCCUGCCGGACCGCUCACGGUGCUCGUCAUCGGCGCUGGAAUCGGCGGACUGUCGGCUGCUAUCGCAUUGAGGAAGGCGGGGCAUAUUGUCCAUUUGUAUGAGAAGUCGGCAUUUGCGAACGAGGUCGGCGCGGCGAUCCAUGUGGGGCCGAAUGCAUCUAGAGUUCUAGGGUCGUUUGGAUACUCGGAGGAAAGGAUGAGUGGGGUGGAGUGCUCGUUUUCGGUGAUGCUUGACGGAACCGGGAAAACAGUAUUCACGACCGACAACACCGAUGCGAAGAAAAACCAUGGAUCUCCAUGGUAUCUGUCCCACCGUGUGGACCUGCACAGCGAGCUGAAGCACCUUGCGCUCUCCCCCGACACCUCCCCGCACCCGCCCUGCAUCCUGCAUCUCUCCACCCUCGUCACCGGCGUCGAUGCCGAAGCCGGCACAAUCACCCACACCGGCCCCUCCACCAUCCCGUCCAAAGGAGACCUUAUUGUUGGCGCCGACGGAAUCAACUCCAAAAUCCGCCAACUAGCCUUCCCCGACACCACCCCCGCAGUGCCAACCGGCUUCUCCGCCUUCCGCUUCGUGAUCCCAACCGCGAAGCUCCGGACCGACCCGGAAACAGCACAAUUCGGUACGCCCGAUCGUGACGGCGGGAAGUUGUGGGCGAUGAAGAUUGCGUUCGAGAAGGAACGCAGGAUCGUCAUGUACCCGUGCCGUAAUGGGGAGCUGAUGAACUUUGUGUGCAUCCACCCCGACGAGUUCAGGGAGGGAGGAAAGGCGGAUCAGGCGGAGGGAUACUGGAACACCCCCACUAACAUCCUCUCACUUACGUCCGUCUACACGGACUAUGCAAAGUGCUUCCAGCGCAUUUUCACCCACCUCUCAGAGGGUGACGUGACACUGUGGCAGCUCCGAACACUCCCGCCGCUGCAAGCAUGGGUUAAGGGCCGUCUCGCGCUGCUCGGCGACGCAUGCCACCCCAUGAUGCCGCAUCUCGGCCAGGGAGGUGGGCAGUCUAUUGAGGAUGGCGCAGCCCUCGGUGUCUUGUUCCCGCUUGGGGCCAGGCCGGAGAGCGUCGAGGCGAGGUUAAAGGUCUAUCAGCAUGUUAGGAAGGAGAGGGCGGAGACGGUACAGGACUUUUCGAGGAAGUUGGGGAUGGCAAAGAAAGGAAUGGGGUAUUCUGCGGCGGAGGUGCACCAGUAUAUCUUCUCCCAUAGGGUGGAGGAGUAUGCGAAGCAGAGCAUGUCAGCGAUCUUUAUCCCGCCGAAUGGCGCGGCGGAUUUCGGCGUUUUGUAG